AUGGCGGGGCGGCGGCGGGCGCUGCCGCGGCUGCUGCUGCGCUGCCUCCUGCUGGGGCUGCUGGGCGUCGGCGGCGGGGGCCAGCCCGGCGGCGGCGAGUACUGCCACGGCUGGGUGGACGGGCAGGGGGGCUACCACGAAGGCUUCCAGUGCCCCGAGGGCUUCGACACGGCGGCCGCCACCAUCUGCUGCGGCUCCUGCGCCCUGCGCUACUGCUGCGCCGCCGCCGAGGCUCGCCUGGAGCAGGGCGGCUGCACCAACGACCGGGAGCCCUCGGAGCCGGGAGUCACCGCCCAACCAAUCUACGUUCCAUUCCUCAUUGUUGGAUCAAUAUUUAUUGCCUUCAUUAUCGUGGGCUCGCUGGUAGCAGUUUAUUGUUGCACAUGUUUAAGACCUAAACAGCCGUCGCAGCCAAUCCGAUUUUCCCUGCGGAGCUAUCAGACCGAGACCCUUCCCAUGAUCUUGGCCUCCACGAGCUUCAGGACCCCGUCCCGGCAGUCCAGCACUGCCACCAGUUCCAGUUCCGCUAGCAGCUCUGUCCGCAGGUUCUCCUUCCCCCGGGCAGAGCCAGGCUGCCUUGUGCCGUCCUCACCUCCACCCUACACGUCUGGCUGCUUCCAGACAGCCCACACAGUCCACCUGACCCAGCCGUCAGGAUUUCUGGUGUCUCCGCCAUACUUUGGGUAUCCUCUCCAGCCGGAGCCUGCCCUGGUUGGGAAGAGCUGCUCUGAUUUUACUCAGUGCUGAAGGAACUCGUGAAGAAGUAAUGCAACCUUUGCAGCCACAGGGGCUGCUGCUGUUGGGUGUCACACUGAUGUGCUCUGUGGCUGCAGAAGUCAGAACUGUUCCUGUGGGUGAGUUGCCCUUGAAAAGUGAGGGGUCUCACUUGCAUUUCCCAAACUUGGAUCACACUUACAAAGGAACUGUAAAACACUCCAAACAGUUGCUCUAAAACAGGACUGCUCUGCCUAAUUUUUGCAGGAUGUGUUCAGAGACAAGUAAAAGAACCAUGUUGGGAUGAAGGUACUCAGUGUUACAAAUGACAUUUUACCCUAAUGCAGUUAACUUAGUUAACAAACAGUGGCUGCUUUCCACUGAUAAUAAUCAGACUAGUUCUAUAAAGCAGCAAUAAGCCUGAGAA